AGCCAUCUUUCCGUCCAACCAACCAACAAAUAAGCCAAGACACAGAGCAAGCAAGCAGGCAGGCAACCCAGCCUUCCUCCUUCCUUCCUUCUUCGUUUCCAUGAGACAAACGCAGCUACCUCUCUACCUCCUCACCGCCAGUUUCGAUUUCUUUUCGCUUCUUCUUCGCCUCUAAGGUUACGCGUGAAUGUAAAAGCAAAUGCUCUUUCGGUAAGGUCGGGAAUGCUCUUUAGAUAAGGUCAACAAGACUUACAUUAUUAGUCUAUUAUCUUAAAGCUAAGGAGUAUUUCUAAUAAUUUUUAAAAUAAAAUUAAUUAGAAAACAUAAAAAAUUAAUCAUAUUUAAAAUUCUAAAUAGGUAGACCAAAUAAAUAGUAAAUAGAAAAGUCACUUUUGUAUGUUCCAACCACAUAGAUGAUAGAUCCCAAAACGUAUGGAGCCAUAAAUGGAAGAAAAAUGAGGAUGGUAGAGGAGUGGUGGGGGGCUUGUGAUCAUUGCAUAAGUUAGGUGGGAAAGUGGGGUCAUUUUGUUGGCCUUUGUACCCCAAUUUUCAACCUUUUGGAUCCACGUUUUGAUUUUGCUCCGGAUUUUUUAUUUUUUAUUUUUAAAUAUAGGAUAUUUUAGAAAAAUUUAUGAUAAUCCAAAAAUUAUUUAUAAAUCAAUGAAAUUGAAUUUUUUUUCUUUAAGAUACGAGUGUAUUUAACCAAAUUUUUACUCAAAAUUUUUUAAGUAGAAGUGUUUCCUCUAUAAACAUUUUUAGGAGAAUCACCCUUCAACACCAUAAAUAAUUUUUUAGUUUUUUAGGACCCGUUUAGCCAUAUUUUUUUAAACUUAUUUUUAAAAACUGUUUUUUGUUUUUUAACUUAAAAACAGUUUCUAAAAACAAGUUUUAGAAAACAUGACAAAAUGAACCUAUGUUUUUUUUAAAAAAAAAAAUAGGUGAAAAAAGUUCUUACUUGUCCACUAAAAAUUGUUUUUUUAUCUUACUUCGUUUUAAAAACAGAAAACUGUUUUUAAAUCAUACGAUCAAACAAACUCUUAUAUUUUUAAAAAUGUUUCCUAAAUCUUACGAAACACUUAGUCAAAAAUAAUUUUUAAAAUUUAAGCGGUUACUAGAAUUACUAUAGAACGGACUCUUAGUUUAAGAUUUUAUUUAAAAUAAUUUCAUUUUUUUUUUUGUUUUAAUUGAGAGUUGAAGUUAACUCAAAACCUUAAAUUUUUAAAAAUAAUAUUAGUAAUAUUCACCCGAUUCUUCUUCGAUUUCUUAAAUACUUUAUUGUCUUUUUUUCGUAGUCUGUCUUUAAAUGAAUAGAUUUUAAAUUAAAAUAAAAUUUUUACAAUAAUUAACAUUCCUCUUUAUUUUCGAUUAAGCUUUUUUUAAAUCAUAAGUUAGCUUUGAUAAAAAUUUAAAAAUAUAUUUUAAAUUACUAUAAAUUUUAAAUUAUUUUUAUAAAUAUAAAUUACAAAGUAUAAAAAAAUCCGUCCGUCUCCGGUUCUUAUCAAGCCGUUAUGCUCUUUUUUGGAAGAAGUCCAUGGCGGUCGGUUGUGGCCAUAAUUGUUCUAGUUUCGGCGUGGGUCUCACGGUCUCACCUUUCCCAUUUAAGACUUACAUCCAAAGUCCUGAAGUCAAAGUUAGGUACAUAUUAAUAACAUUUAUCAAGAAAUAAAAAAUAAAAAAUAAAAUUAAUGAUUAUGUCGGCUUGAAAUUUAUUAUUCAUCAAUUGUUUUUGUUUAAAUUAGAGAAAAUAAUUAAAUUAUUUAAAAAUUUAUAUAUUCUCAAAUUAUUUAAUUUUUACAUUAAAAAAUUAAAUAAAAGUAAAAAGAAUAUAUGAAAAUAAUUUGCUAAAUAUAAAUGUUUUUUUUCUUUAUUUUUAAUUUUUCUCUAGGGUAUUUUUUUCUCAAAUUUUCUCGAGAACCAAACGUAUUCUUCAAGAUUUUGUCUGAUGUGUUUCUAGAUGAUUAAGUAAAAAAGUAGUAGGGAAAAAUGCUGUAGGGGCCACUUUGGGAGGGCCAAAGUUGGAAUUAAUAAAAAUUGGGUGGCUUAAAUUGAAUAACUGAAAUUAAGAGUCAAAUUCGAAUCGGUUGGGAAUUGCACAGUGGUCCUCACAUGCCCACUAGGACUACCGUUAUUUUGCGACCCAGGUGGUUAGAGCUUAACCUACGCACCCUCCUCCCUCCAUGGCUUCUUCAUCUUCUACAAUUUGGUUCUAAGGCUUUUUCUUUCACUUUCAUUCUUUUCAGUUGUUUUUGCUUUUUGACUCCCUUUCGCCCUCCAUAGCAUCCUCUUUUUUUUUUACAGAUGAAGAACAGUUCGAAGCGUCAGCCUGAGAGAAGUUGGGCUGAACUCUGUUGUUUGGGUUGCACGUGCCUGCAGGCCUUUUGGCCGAGGAUUGUGAUGCGCAAAUGGCUCAACAUCAGUGCCAGGGAGUCAGAUUACAGUGCAGAUACCGAGGAAGAGGACAGCGACUCCGGGGAUUCCGAUACUGAAGAUUUUGGUCAAUGGGGGAGAGAAUCUCGGUUUCGAAAUGACCGAGGGGAUGGCGUUUCAAUUGAUCCUAAUGAUGCUCUACCAAGAAGUAGAAGACGGAAGUCGGAGACUUUCAGGGCUCAGUACAUAAACACAAAAGAACUCAGAAUAUGUGUUGGAACAUGGAAUGUUGGAGGAAAACUUCCAUCUGAAGACUUAGAUAUUGAUGAGUGGUUGGACAUCGACAAUCCUGCUGACAUCUAUGUGCUGGGUUUUCAGGAGAUUGUACCUUUAAAUGCUGGGAACAUUUUUGGUGCUGAAGAUAGCCGCCCAGUUCCAAGAUGGGAAAACAUUAUUCGUGAAACAUUGAAUAGAGUUCGACCUAUGAAGACAAAGUAUAAAUGCUAUAGUGAUCCUCCUUCUCCAUCAAGGUUCAAGCCAUCUGAUGAUGUCCCAGACAUAGAAGAAGAUAUACUGCUUGAAACUGAUAGUGAUGGUGAUGAGGUAGUUCAUCCAUUGGAUGAAGAAACUGUUGGUUUUGAUGAGACCGGGGAUAGACCAGUCACAGGAGACAAAAUGUUCAUGGAUUCGGAAGUAUCAGACUCUACUGAGGGUCCCAAAUCAGACUCUACUGAGGGUCCCAAAUCAGACACAUCUAUGGAACAAGAUCUACAGAGGCAAUUUUCUUCUCCAAAGAGGCUGGAUAGGUUGAAUUGCCUUCGGACAGAAGAUUAUAUGGGAAAUGCAGGUGCCCAAUCCAAUGGGACAUUAAACAAGGUACUCAGUGGGCCAUCUGUUGCCCAAUCCAAUAGGAUAUUAACCAGAACAUUCAGUGGAUCAGAAAGGAUUGGUUUGAGCUGGCCAGAACCUCCAUUAGACUUGCUAGCUCAGCGUGUUUUAGAGAGACCGAAUUCCUUUAAGGCGAUUAAAUCUUUCAAAGCGUACAGGUCAUUCAGAACAUGUAAUUCUUUCAAGUCAUUUACAAAUGAUGAUCAACGAGUGCCACCAGAAAUAGCCUUUCUUGCACAACUUGACCUUGAAUCACUUAUGCACCGGAAAAGAAGAUCGUGUUUUGUAAGGAUAGUAAGCAAGCAAAUGGUUGGGAUCUUCCUUACUAUAUGGGUUCGAAGAAGCUUGCGUAAGCAUAUUCAGAACCUAAAGGUAUCUACUGUUGGAGUCGGUGUUAUGGGCUACAUUGGUAACAAGGGAUCAGUAUCUGUCAGCAUGUCGAUAUAUCAGACAUUUUUUUGUUUUAUAUGUACUCACCUAACAGCGGGUGAAAAAGAUGGAGAUGAACUCAAAAGAAAUGCUGAUGUGCAAGAAAUACAUCGAAGGACUCGUUUUCAUCCCGUUUCUAGUAUUGGGCUUCCCAAAAGCAUCCUUGACCACGAAAGAAUUAUCUGGCUGGGUGAUCUGAAUUAUCGCAUCACCUUGUCCUAUGAGAAGACACGAGAUCUAAUCUCAAAAAAGGAGUGGUCCAAGUUGGUUGCGACAGACCAGCUUGUAAGAGAACUGAGAAAAGGUCGUGCAUUUGAUGGAUGGUCUGAAGGGGUCUUAAAUUUCCCACCAACUUAUAAAUAUGAGUCAAAUUCAGAGAAGUACUUUGGGGAGGAUCCAAAGGCUGGGAGGCGUACUCCAUCAUGGUGUGACCGCAUUCUUUCAUAUGGUAAGGGUAUAAGGCUGCUGACUUAUAAGAGAAGUGAGCUGAGGUUUUCAGAUCAUCGACCUGUAAGUGCUGCUUAUAUGGCAGAAGUUGAGGUCUUUUCUGCUCGGAAGCUACAACGGGCCCUCACAAUCAUGGAUGCAGAAAUUGAAGAUGAGGAAAUUCUAGCAGAUACAGGAGUAGAUGUUGGAAUGAACUUCUUAAGAGUGGGAAAGGAAGCCAAAGUCAUGGAGGGUAAAGGAUGAUGAGAAUGCUGUUUUGCAUCAGAACUAGGAUACUGUUCAAAUUUUCUCGUCCAAAUUAAAGGAGGUGUGGGGGAAGAAUGAUAUAUACAUUUUGGAAUGAUUUGAGGGUCUUCAAAUUGCAAAUAGGUUGUUUCCUUUUCAUUCUCACCGAUCUAUAUUAUCCGACCAAUUUUUCAGAUUGUUUGUUCAGCAGUCAACCUAGGGGUCUAUGCCAGCCUAUUUGCUUGUGUGCUUCAAAUAUAUUGCUAGUAAGGUUUCUUUCUUGAAAUCUCUCACAGAAUCCAUUGUCUCGUGAUGCAGGAUAUAUAUGAUUGGGAGCGGUAAGAGUAGUCCGCCUACAGUCUACAACAAACUUGAAGAGGGCCUUGAGCAAGAGCUGAAGCUCUUCUCGGAUACUCUUGCCUCACAUCCAUUGAUUUAAUUUAGUGGGUUGGGUGAUGGAUCAUGUAAAUUACAGUGAGUGUGUAAAGGAGUGGGGUAUAGAUGUUUUCAGGGAGAGUUUGAGAGCAGAUUAGUUAAAAGAGUAGUGUUUUGAUCCAUUCUUGUACAACCCACGGGUAUUUGUUUGUAAUUAUCAUGGUUUGUCUAAUUCAAUCACCUUGUUUUUUCUUCUA